AUGCGCACGUACGACGACACGUUCUCCGGACAGAGAAUCUACCCUGGAAAGGGUAAGCUCUACGUCCGCGGUGACUCCAAGAUCUUCCGUUUCCAGAACGGAAAGUCCGAGUCCCUCUUCCUCCAGCGCAAGAACCCCCGCCGCAUUGCCUGGACCGUCCUGUACCGUCGCCAGCACCGCAAGGGUAUCUCUGAGGAGGUCGCCAAGAAGCGCACUCGCCGUACCGUCAAGGCCCAGCGUGCCAUCGUCGGUGCCUCCCUCGAUGUGAUCAAGGAGAAGCGCUCCAUGCGCCCCGAGGCCCGCUCCGCCGCCCGCGCCGCCGCCAUCAAGGAGUCCAAGGACAAGAAGAACGCCGACGCCGCCGCCAAGAAGGCCGAGAAGGCCAAGACCGCCGCCGCCGGUGGCAAGAAGGGCCCCAUCGCCUCCAAGCAGGGCUCCAAGGGCGCCGCCCCCAAGGUCCAGGCCCGUACCCGUUAA